UUACAAAAUUAUUUGGGAGCAUCAAGGUUAAUUUAUCUUUAUUUGUAAAUACAAAAACACAAGUUGUAAAGGAGGGUAUAACGCGCGCCUGUAGACAAAGGUAUUUCUACAAGCUUGUGCGCGCAGAUAUCACUAUAUUUAAAAAGUAAUUUUGUGCACGUAUCGAAUAGCACUGACGUUGGAAUUUUGUAAAUAUCUUUGCUAUUUUAUGGUAAAUUUUAUGUAGAUACCUACAGUGCAAACGACAAUAUGAGUCAAGAAGACGGCGAAGCCAAGACAGAGGCACCCAGAAAUACCUCCGGUACUACAGAGGUUUUCGAGACGUCAACAACAGUCAUCGUCGAGAAAAAGUCACAAAAGAGGAUAUUCAAAAUCAUUGUCAUAGGGGACUCAAAUGUCGGCAAAACGUGUCUCACGUACAGGUUUUGCUCAGGCAAAUUUCCUGAAAAGACUGAAGCAACUAUAGGAGUUGAUUUCCGUGAACGGACAUUAGAGAUUGACGGGGAAUCAAUAAAGCUACAGCUGUGGGACACCGCAGGCCAGGAGAGAUUUCGCAAGAGCAUGGUCCAGCACUACUAUCGCAAUGUGCACGCAGUGGUCUUUGUGUACGAUGUCACCAAGGCAUCUUCCUUUGAAAACAUGCCCUCUUGGGUGGACGAAUGUGACCGCCAUCACCUGAAUACUGACAUUCCUCGCAUUCUCGUUGGCAACAAGUGUGAUAUGAGAGACAAAGCUCAGAUUGCCACAAAUGUGGCUCAGAAAUUUGCGGACAGUCACAACAUGCCCCUGUUUGAAACAUCGGCCAAAGAUGACUCAGCCUGUGACCACGUUGAUGCCAUCUUUAUGACCCUUGCUCACAAACUGAAGAAUUCGAAGCCGAUGAUGUCACCUAAAUUGGCUGGUAUGGUGAAAAACAGGGUGAUAAAUGUCGGAAAGUCCAGGGAUGGCAGAAGGCUUAGCCAGUCGAGAGAGAGUGAAAAUGAGAAAGAUAUGUGUGGAUGCUAAUGGGUAUGUUCUGAUGGUGGACUUCACAAAAGUGGUUGAGCUACAAGUUAGACCAAGUUCUGGGGCUGGGGACUUAACUCUAGGGAACUAAAGUAUAACUAUAUUUCUAUAUUUUGUAGCAUAACAUGACUUUUUAUAGUCACAUUUUAGUGACUGUAAGUAAUUGAAAAAAAAAAUGACAACAGUUAUACUUUGAAGAAACUUUUGAAGAUAAGUAUGUUUUUGCAGCAUCAAUUAACAGAAUUUAUAUACUACUUGGUGUUCAUUUUUGAUAAAAGAGCAAAAUAAGAUUUACAGUAUACUUGAUGGAAAAAAAGCAAACUUGAAUGAUGGAAUCUGCUUGCAUUUAUUGUUGAAAGGGUGUUGGUUUUAUGUGUUUAAAGCAAAAACCAUCAAAUUUAGGGCUUGGGAAUUUUUGUUUUAUGUUCUGUCCUUCAAAAGAUUUCUAUGUAUGCUUAAGAUAAUGCAAUAUAUUGCCAAUUCAAUAUUUGGCUCAGUUAUUUUGUUAUGUAUGUCUCUGUUGCCCACUUAUUUGUAUUAUAGAGUUUUCUUCCAAUCCUUUUUUCAGUCACUACAAAGUUUUACAACUGAUCUUAAAAUGUUGACAUUUUUUCCAAAUUUGCAUUUUGGAUGCUAUUUAUUUCAUUCCAUUUAUCUUGUGUAUGUUUGCUUACUAUUGUCAGUGUCUGUACCAUUUAUUUGUAAAAUUAAUGUCAAUUUCAAAAUUUUGUGCACUGAGUUUCCUGAUUGCAUUUCUUAUGGCAUUUGUAAACACAAGGCAAGUUAUUGCCAGAACUCCUUUUUGUCAAACUGCCCAAGUUAAUUACUGGCCAUUAUUGCCAUUUGAAAUAUGAAUAGUUGUUAAAUCAUGCUUAAAAUGUCUUUUCCGCCCGUCUUGUUGUGAGACGUGUGAUACACGUAUUGUAAUUUGCCUGGUUGCUGGUUAAGUACUGCAAAGAUUUUGGACAAUUAUACUUUUUAGAUAAAGAUAAUAUUGGAAUAUUAUGAAACUGAGGAUGUUGCUUUGUCAAACAGGGUUGUGCAACUGCAUUUGAUAAAUAAGUACCUUUUUGCAAAUGAAAAAAAAAAAAAAUAAAUUACAGGGCUUUAGUUAUUUAUCCUAGAAUUCUUAUUGAUAUUCACUGAUUGACAACUGUACACAUUUUUUUUACUGUAUGGCAAAAGC